AAAAAACUACCAUACUAUAUUUUAUACAAUCCAUGCUUCAGUAGCGAGUGAUCCAAACGUCUGAAUUGCGCGGUAUAAAAAAUCAAGUAGUUAAUUUAAAAACUUUUCCACUGAUUGAGGUUAUACGCAACAAUAUCAUAACACUUUUCAACAAUGAGUUCAUUUUUCGAUACAACAAAAAAUCAAGCCAACCCACCAGCUGGUACAUUUUUCGGGGCUGGAGAUGCAGGAAGGACAUUACAGCCGUUAACAGCAGCGCAACCUCAAGAAAAACCUAAUUUUGGCCCGGGAAUUACCACAUUGACAUUUGGCUCAAAUCCAGGAACUCAGAGGACCCAGCCGUCAAUGGUUCCAUCCUCAGUGCCAACAUUCAAUCCUCCUGCACCAACUUCAAACGUAACUUCUCCUUUUGGGAUGACAACAAGUACCCCAUUGAAUUUAGGGUCAACUCCAGGAUUUACCCUCGGAGACACUGGCACGAGGGUAUUUACCUCAACAAGCACUGGCACGACAAGUUCAAGCUCAGCACCAGGGUUUGGAUCUCUUUCAACAUCUACACCAGCACCAAACGUUUCUCUAUCAAAUAAACUGACCUUGGGAUCAAGUGCUACAACAGGCUUUAAUUUACCAUCAACAACCAGCUUGCCCGCUGCUACAUCAGCUCAACUAUCACUACCACUGGGUGCAGCUGUACCAAGUACUACUUCAUCUCUGAGCGGAUUUUCAUUGCCCGGAACAACCUCAGCUGCAGCAGUGGCUCCAAAAACGACCCAAACAACUGGAACAACACAAACCACACUAGGAACAACUACAACUGUAAGUUCCUCGUCGAGUAGCGGGCAAUUAGGCGCUAUUAAUUUCUGCCAGCUAGAAGAAUCGAUUAAUAAGUGGACUUUAGAGUUGGAGGAGCAAGAAAAAGUUUUUAUGAAUCAAGCGACACAAAUUAACGCUUGGGACAAAUUACUUAUUGCUAAUGGAGAAAAAAUAGUCACGUUGAAUCAACAAGUUGAGAAGGUUAAACUUGAACAACAACAAUUAGAGCAUGAGCUUGAUUAUGUUGUAGGACAACAAAAAGAAUUACAAGAUUGUUUAGUACCUCUUGAAAAAGAACUUGCUAAUAUUUCAGUUUCUGAUCCAGAGCGAGAAUAUACUUAUAGACUUUCGGAAAAAUUAGACACUCAGUUGAAACAAAUGUCUGAAGAUCUUAAAGAAAUUAUUGAACAUCUUAAUGAAGCUAAUCGCGCUCAAGAUUCGAGUGAUCCAAUUGUUCAAAUUGGCAAAAUUUUAAAUGCACAUAUGAACAGUUUGCAGUGGAUUGAUCAACGAACUUCGAUUAUUGCUCAAAGAAUUCAACAAAUUGAUCAAAUGCACCAAAAUUUUAGACAAGAGAAUGAAAGGAGUUUUAAUUUAGCUUACAAUUAAAAUAAUUAUAUUUUGUAACACACGUCUUCAAGUUUAUUGAAAUGUUUCUUAUAAAAAUAAAUAAUUUUUCUUUUUGUAAA